GUACCUUGAUUAAGGGAAGUAUUUCCUAAAUGCCCAAUAAGAUGUCCACAUAGUACAUGCCAUAGAAAUAACAAAUCACAAGUCUGUUUGUGUUGGCAUUGGGCAGGUAGGUUUGCGGUUAUAACAAUUAACUUGUUUUGUUACUAGGACAGACAUAAAAAAAGUUGUCAAAAUUUAAAAGCUUUCAUUUGCAAGUUAGAGAAUAGUUCACAUAGCUCUGUCUACAACAUAAAUCUGAUUGUACAUAGGGAAACAAACCUCCCUAAAGAUUUUUUAAACGUAUCUUCUUAUUCUGACAUCUGUUUGUAUUAUCAGGCAACAAAAUCAACAUAAAAAUGCGUGAAGUGGACAUUUCUGAAAUCCCUUUCCUUCCAGAAUGCCACUAGACAAUUUCUUCAUUACAUAUUAAAGAUUCUUGCAUUCUUUGCUCAAAUGUUGUCAGCACCAUUGUAGGCUCCACCAUGGUGCAGAAGUAUCAGUCCCCAGUGAGGGUGUACAAACAUCCUUUUGAACUGGUCAUGGCAGCAUAUGAGAGGAGGUUUCCCACCUGUCAUCUGAUCCCCAUGUUUGUGGACAGUGAUGUGAUCAGUGAGGAGACCAGUGAGGAUCGGUCUUUUCAUAAGAUUGAGAGGAGGUGUAAACUUGAUGUGGAUGCACCACGACUUCUCAAACGGAUUGCAGGCGUGGAUUACGUCUACUUCAUUCAGAAGAACUCUCUGAACCACAGAGAAAGAACUCUUCAUAUUGAAUCUCACAACGAAACCUUCUCCAACAGAGUCAUCAUUCAUGAACUCUGCUGUUACUCGGUUCACCCAGAAAAUGAAGAAUGGACAUGUUUUGAACAAUCUGCCAGUCUGGACAUCAAAUCUUUCUUUGGUUUUGAGAGCACAGUGGAGAAGAUCGCCAUGAAGCAAUAUGCCAGCAGCAUCAAAAAGGGUAAGGAGAUUAUUGAAUACUACCUGAGGGAGCUAGAAGAGGAAGGUAUAACUUAUGUACCUCGGUGGAGCCCUUGCCCACCAUCACCCACAAAGCCAGUGGUGCCAGUUGUUAUUCCUGCAUUGCCUAUCACUCCCACAAUCUCCAUUGAAGCCCCUCCUGAGAGCGUGAAUGAGAUUCAAGUGUGUAAAGAGGGCAGCAGUCCUACGGGCAGCCUGAACGACGCCCUUGUAGCCAGUCCAGAUGAUAAACUGGAUGCAGACUACAUCAAACGGUAUCUGGGUGAUCUCACACCCCUUCAGGAGAGCUGUCUGAUUCGCCUGCGCCGCUGGUUACAGGAGACACACAAGGGCAAGAUCCCAAAAGAUGAGCAUAUUCUACGGUUCCUGCGUGCACGGGACUUCAACAUAGAUAAGGCACGGGAGAUCCUUUGUCAGAGUCUGACCUGGAGGAAGCAGCAUCAGGUAGACUACCUCCUGGACACCUGGAGCUCUCCUCAGGUGUUGCACGAUUACUAUACUGGAGGCUGGCACCACCACGACAAGGAUGGCCGUCCUCUGUAUAUCCUACGCCUAGGACAUAUGGAUACUAAAGGACUGGUUCGAGCACUUGGAGAAGAAUCACUGCUCAGACAUGUGCUGUCAAUCAACGAAGAGGGUCUGAGACGCUGUGAGGAGAACACCAAAGUCUUUGGUCGGCCAAUUAGUUGUUGGACAUGUCUUGUCGAUCUUGAGGGGCUCAAUAUGAGGCAUCUGUGGCGUCCUGGAGUCAAAGCUCUGCUUAGGAUUAUUGAGGUGGUGGAGGCCAAUUACCCAGAGACCCUGGGCCGUCUACUCAUCCUCAGAGCUCCCAGAGUCUUUCCUGUCCUGUGGACGCUGGUGAGCCCUUUCAUUGAUGAGAAUACACGAAAGAAGUUUCUGAUCUAUGCAGGAAAUGACUACCAGGGCCCUGGCGGUCUUGUGGACUACAUUGAUAAAGAGAUCAUCCCUGACUUCCUUGGAGGAGAGUGUAUGUGUGAAGUGCCAGAGGGUGGCUUGGUUCCCAAGUCUCUGUACAGAACUGCAGAAGAACUGGAGAAUGAUGAGAUCCGGCUGUGGACAGAGACUAUUUACCAGAGUGCCAGCAUCUUCAAAGGAGCGCCACAUGAGCUACUUAUUGAGAUCAUUGAUGCCUCCUCAGUCAUCACUUGGGACUUUGAUGUAUGUAAAGGUGAUGUGAUCUUCAAUAUCUACCACUCUAAACGAGCUCCACAGCCGCCAAGGAAAGAUCCGCUGGCUACCCAUGGCAUCACCUCUCCUGCAGGCAACAACGUGCAGCUUAUAGAUAAAUCCUGGCUGCUGGGACAGGACUACAGCAUGGUGGAGUCACCCCUCACCUGCAAAGAGGGAGAAAGUGUGCAGGGUUCACAUGUGACACGAUGGCCAGGUUUCUAUAUUUUGCAGUGGAGGUUCCACUCUAUGCCAGCAUGCGCCACCACAAACCUACCUCGGGUGGACGAUGUUCUGGCUACUCUGCAGGUGUCCUCUCACAAGUGCAAAGUCAUGUACUACACUGAGGUUCUGGGCUCAGAGGACUUUAGAACGGCUUGCUGCGAUGUGCAGAGUUUGGGCUCAAUGACCAGUUUGGAAUCCAGUCACAGUGGUUUCUCUCAGCUCAGCGCUGCCACCACAUCCUCCAGCCAGUCACAGUCCAGCUCUAUGAUCUCCAGGUAGAAGGGAAAGAAAUUUAGGCUCUAAAAUGUUUUAAUAGUUCAGUUUCUUGAUUCUCAAUAAACCCCAUUACUACUCUUACUCUGUUAUCUAUCCCAACACUGUAUCACUCCAUGUCAAGGACCUGAAGCAUGCUCGCUCAACUAUAAAGAGUAUAAAAAUAUCGUUACCUGAAAAUAUUCUGGCGGUGGCCGGGUUUUUUUUUUUUAAGGGCUUAAAGCUGCUUUUCCAUAGCGCUCAGCUGGGCUGCAAGUCAGUUCAUAGGCCGAUUGUGCUUUGUGUGAGUGUCCAAAGGAGCUCACACUUUAACGUGCAUUUCUACAUUUCCCAUGAGCUGCUUGCUGAACUACGCAAUACAUGUUCUUCAAAUUGGGAAAGAGCCUGAAAUCAACACGCCCACUUACACAUCUCAAAUACUCCACAUACUUACUUAUAUGCACUUAGUUCUGCCAUAUCACUAGGAGCUCAUCCUCUUGGUAAACUGUUGUUAGGUCAUUGGGUGGGCUUCUGCAAUAAUUUAGAAUAAUUUGAACUAUUUGAAUUUGUAUUUAUCAAAAAAUGUUUAAGGAGGCUGGGUUAAGUCUUCUUGGGUGCUACAAGCUUGUUUCUUCAUUGUUAGUGUGUGGCUAGAUUGCGGUUUGAAAAUGGCAAAGUGUUUAGUGAAAUAGUCACAGUACUGCUUUAUGGGUUAGCUUGAAUUUUGGCUUUGUGGAAAUGCCUGAUAUCGAACCUCAGACUUGCUGCUGAUCAGUUCCUAUGCAGUAAGCCAAUCAGUGCAUGGAAUGGUCAUUCAUAUUAAUAGGUCAAAGCAUUUUUUUAAUCAACGCUUUACUGGAAGACAGGCUGUGUAAAUUUUUGUAGUGAAUUUUAUCAUUGCACCAACAGAAUACGUAAAUUAGUUUUUAUUUUUCUGUAUUAUUAUAAUUGUUUUUUCCUUUGGUAUUUUGCCUCUUUGUUUGGUGGUUUCUAUUAGCAAAAACUUGAAAUGGAGUGAAGUGACACAAUCCAGUGAAACAUGCUCCUUAAAGACUCUUUGUUCAGGUUAGAAUAUCAAUCACAAUUUAAAACAAAAUGCUCAGUAAUUGUCUGGAUGAGAGCAUGUCCAUUAAUCCAGGUGACUUGUUUGACAACCUGCACAAGAAACUAGUGUCACCUGCUUAAUGUCCUGCGAGAAUAUGUUUCUGCAUCUAGGUGAGGCUUGCCUAAGGACAUUUAACAUGCACCAGUUGUUUGAAUGAUGCUGGAGCCAGUAGUCUGAAGAUACUCCUUUCCUUAAUUUCUCUGCAUUAUUAGUCCUAACCUCAUGGACAGGACACUUUAGGGAAAAGGAGAUUGUUACACUUAACAACUAGUUUUUACAUGUAAUUCCUUGAAUGUUGAUACAUAAUAUGAUACAUUUAUAAUGUACUAGUAUUCUGGAAGUGUAAUAACAGUAAAAAAAAGUAAAGGAGGAACAAGUAAUAAUUUGUUAAAAUAAAUUUUAUUUUGUCAUGAAGGCUUUUUAGGAUUAUUUUACAACUGUUAAGUUUAUGGGUGGAUGUUUUUUAGCAUGCCGUAUGGUCGUAAAUGCAAUACAACUUUAAAUGCUAUUUGGGUUUCUAUGGAAUUCCUAUAUCAAGCUACCAUCCCUUAAAACUUCUAAACACCUUUGAAGCACAUAUUCUGAACCAUGUGUACUUUGUAAUCCUGUCAUUUGACUACAAACUGCCAGUCAGGUAGGAUUUUCAGAGCUUAUGGUUCUAGAAUUUAACAUUGUUUAACCAUGCACAAGUUAGUAGACUUGUUUUAUGCUUAGAGUUCAGGAAAAAGUGAGAGAUUCUAUUUACAGUACAAUUUUUAAAAUCUUUAACAAAUUGCUGUUUUAAUGCAAAAAUCGACAUAGGACAAAUGUGUCAGGUGUAACUCUAAUGCUUUACUGUGAAGAGAAUUUUAUGUGAUUUGUAUGAAUGUUUGUUUUUUCCCCUUCUUUCACUUAUCAUUUUCAGCCGUCUAAUGUGGUAUGUCUGUGCUAACAGAUGCAAGCAUCUAUACAGUAAAUGUAUAAGGGCCACUGAUGUGUCCAAAAACCACACACUCUCUCUGACAUGCGUACACACACACACACACACACACACACACACACACACACACUUGUAGUCUUCCUUAUACACCUGUCUUUAACUGAACAAGUGUGUUUGAGAAGUAAAUAUAGGGGCUUUCACAUCUACCCAGCAUUCCACAAACAAACACCAACUUAAAAGGGGGGGGGGGUCAUAGAAUCUCAACUUUUCUAUGUAAUGAUAAUGCUCAUCAUUAAAAAACGCCAACCUGGAUUGUCUGAAUAUCUGUAUAUGAGGGCUAUUAACUGUUUGUCUAUUGUUUUCUCCCUCUACUUCUAUACUCCUGUUACAUAUCUGUUUAAACUCUGUAUGUAAAAGAAAUAUUGAAUUAAUAUACAAUUUUAGCGCCUUUACAUUUUUCAAAGUUAUUAAAUUUGAAUUAAAGAAA